AGGCAUUGGGCGGUUUAUAACCUUCGGCCUGUGUGUCUCACCGUCUCGACUCUCAAUGGCCAUGGCUUCCAUUAGGAGCUUGGACGAGUAUACCGUUACUCAUCUUCUUCAACUCUGUGCAAAACCCAUCAGCAACCAAGCACAGUUCCCAAAGCAAGCUUUUCUUCCAUUACCCAUUUCGAGAAGGUCCGCGAUUCUGAUUUCCUCGCUGCCUUUCGGCCUCCUCGUUUCACACUCUCCACCUUCAGAGGCCAGAGAGCGUCGAAACAAGAAGACCAUCCCUCUUGAGGACUACCUCACUAGCCCUGAGGGAUUAAAGUACUAUGAUGUGGUUGAGGGGAAGGGUCCAAUAGCUGCAAAGGGAUCAACAGUUCAGGUGCACUUUGACUGCAUGUACCGUGGGAUUACAGCUGUGUCAAGUAGAGAAUCGAAACUCUUAGCUGGAAACCGUAUUAUUUCCCAGCCAUAUGAGUUCAAAGUUGGAGCUCCUCCUGGCAAAGAAAGGAAGCGUGAAUUUACAGACAACCCAAAUGGUCUAUUUUCUGCACAGGCUGCACCGAAACCCCCACCGGCUAUGUACUCGAUAACUGAGGGAAUGAAAGUAGGGGGAAAGCGAACUGUGAUUGUUCCUCCAGAGACUGGGUAUGGACAAAAGGGGAUGAAUGAGAUCCCACCUGGAGCCACAUUUGAACUAAAUGUUGAGCUUUUGCAAGUAUUACAGCCUGAAGGAAAGUGAGCCGAUUUUGUGUAUGUAGAGAUCAUGGUAAUUGAGUUUCUCAUCAUUUUUGUUGGAAAUGGUUAUAGUUUCAGCUAAUGAUUCUUUUCUAUGAGGAAGCAUUGUUUCGCCACCAGUUCAGCUCACCUACAAUUUCUAUUUUCAGUUGAUAUAACUGUUUUAAUGUGCCAUAGCUGUAACCGCAUAAGGUUUUGAUUGAGGCUCCAUGUUAAUAUUGUUAACAUUAAUCGAUUAUUACCACGAUCACUUAGAGGUUAUGAACUUCUUUCUCAUGCAUUAUACCAAGGUUAAAUGUUCACUUUCCUUUUUUGACUGUUA